AUGCAUUUUCUCUGGACUAUUGGUGCUCGUUCGUCAGCGACAAGUCGCUUUUUAUUAUUGAAACGCUUGCAAUCAACGCAGAGCACUACGAAAUCGUCAAAAUCCAUCUUCACCUAUGGAAAGAACGGACAUUACUUCCGAGAUCAAAUCGAUCCAAGCGAAUCGAAAUUCUCCAAGAUUUUGAUUGCUAAUCGAGGUGAAAUCGCUUGUCGUGUUAUUCGAACAUGUAAUGAAAUGGGUAUUAAAACAGUAGCAGUACACAGUGACGUCGAUGCAAAUUCAUUAUUUGUACGAAUGGCUGAUGAAGCUGUUUGUAUUGGACCUGCUCUAGCAAAACAAAGUUAUCUGCGAGAAGACAUUAUAUUGGAUGCUGUUAAGAAAACAGGCGCAGAAGCUGUUCACCCCGGUUAUGGUUUUCUUUCCGAAAACACAAAAUUUGCUAAGAAACUUGCCGAUCACAAUGUUGAAUUUAUUGGCCCAUCAAGUAAAUCGAUCGAAGCUAUGGGUGACAAAAUUCAUAGCAAAAUCAUUGCACGAAAAGCCAACAUUUCCAUGAUACCCGGUUAUGAUGGAGAAGUCAAGGAUGAAGAGGAAUGUGUCCGUGUCAGUAACGAUAUUGGAUAUCCGGUUAUGAUCAAGGCAUCGGCUGGUGGUGGUGGCAAAGGCAUGCGUGUGGCCUGGAACGAUAAGGAAGCUCGAGAAAAUUUUCGAUUGUGUAAGGGUGAAGCAGCAUCAAGUUUUGGCGAUGAUCGAAUGUUGGUGGAAAAAUUCAUCGAUAAUCCUCGUCAUAUUGAAUUUCAAAUCCUUGGAGAUAAACACGGAAAUAUCGUUUAUUUGAACGAACGUGAAUGUUCAAUUCAAAGACGAAACCAAAAGGUUAUCGAAGAAGCACCCAGUGUGUUUCUUGAUCCUGAAACACGACGAAAGAUGGGUGAAGAAGCUGUUCAAUUAGCUCAUGCUGUAGGAUAUUACUCAGCUGGUACUGUGGAAUUUAUGGUUGAUUCGAAACGUAACUUCUAUUUUCUUGAAAUGAAUACUCGACUUCAAGUUGAACAUCCUAUCACUGAAGCAACGACUGGCAUUGAUAUUGUUCAUCAGAUGAUUCGAGUUGCCAAAGGCCACAAACUAAAAGUCAAACAACAAGAUAUUGGUAUCAAAGGUUGGGCUGUAGAAUGUCGUGUCUACGCUGAAGAUCCCUACAAAGCUUUUGGUCUUCCUUCAAUUGGUCGUUUGACAUCAUACAAAGAUCCAAGUAAUAUUCCAAAUGUUCGGUGCGAUAGUGGUAUCACCGAAGGUAGCGAGAUUAGUUUAUAUUACGAUCCAUUGAUUUGCAAAUUAACCACUUUCGGAGAUAAUCGCCAAGCAGCAUUGGCAACCAUGGCUCAAGCUUUAGAUUCCUAUGUUAUUCGCGGCGUUACAAACAACAUUUCCUUAUUACGAGAUAUCAUCACUGAAAACCGUUUUGUUAAAGGAGACAUCAGUACCAAAUAUUUGCCCCAAGUCUAUCCGGAAGGUUUCAAAGGCAAACAACUAAAAGCUGAAGAACGAGAUCAUUUAAUCUCAUUGGCCGCAUGUGUUGCUGCUAAGAAAGCCGCACGAGAUGGUUCAUUCAAACAACACCCUCAAGCAUCAACGGUUAAUACACCGAAAGAUUCGGUAUUUGAAGUAACACUAAGCGACUUCAAACGCAAAGUUCGUGUAACACCCGUAGAGAAAAAUGGCGUUUCACAAUUCGAAGUUGAUAUCGAUGGUAAACAAAAAUCAACUAUUAAAGAUAAUUUCAAAUUGGGCGAUCAUGUUCUCAAUGUUGAUUUUGAUGGUCAACCUUCCACGAUGCAAUUAUUCAAAAUGGACGCUACAGGAAACGUAACAUUGAUCUACCUUGGAACUAAAUACGAUCUCCGCGUUUUACCAGCGCGCGCCGCCAAAUACAUGAAACUUAUGCCAGCUAAGAAGAUAAUCGAUCACGCGUCUGUUCUCAUUUCACCCAUGCCUGGUAUUGUCAAAUCUGUUAGCGUUAAAGUUGGACAACGAGUAUCUGAUGGUCAAGAGGUGUGCGUAGUUGAAGCAAUGAAAAUGCAAAACAAAUUAACAGCAGGUCGAGCAGGAGUAGUCAAAUUCGUCGGUAUAAAAGAAGGUGAAACAGUCGAAGAUGGAAAGAUCUUGAUCGAACUUGAAUGA